AAAAAGAAACCACACCGGAACUCCACUCUCCUAAGUUCCUGUUUAGACCAACAUGGCGGCGGACGCGAAUGAAAAUGAGUAUUUCGUGCGAGAAAUCGAGAAGAACGACGGCUGUGCCCUGAAAGUGAAGCAGUGCUACCUGGGGGAUGUCGGCUGUGUGGUUUGGGACGCAGCCAUUGUUCUCGCCAAAUAUUUAGAGACGAAACAGUUUCACGAUCCGUCCAGAGGAGUGGACGUGUGGGCCGGCAGGAGGCUGCUGGAGCUGGGAGCUGGGACCGGAGUGGUGGGUCUGAUGGCAGCAACACUGGGAGCUCAGGUGACUGUGACAGACCUGGAGGACUUGCAGAACCUCCUGAGAAUGAACAUCCAGGAAAACCAGGCGCUCAUCAGCAGCGGAUCCAUAACCGCCAAGGUACUGAAAUGGGGUGAAGAUGUGUCUGACUUUUUGCCUCCUCCACAUUAUGUCCUCAUGGCAGAUUGCAUCUAUUACGAGCAGUCGAUUGUUCCACUGGUGGAGACCUUGAGGCUUCUCUCCGGACCAGAGACCUGCAUCAUUUGCUGCUAUGAGCAGCGCACCGAGGGCGUCAACCCAAAAGUGGAAAGGCAGUUUUUUGAGUCGCUGAAACAACACUUCAGCUUUGAGGAGAUCCCUUCAGACAAACAAGACCCAGAGUUCAGCAGUCCAGACAUCCACAUCCUGCACAUCCGGAAAAAAGUCUGAAUAUUGUCUGGUGACGUUUGUGUGUGGGUGGACUUUUCUGUGUGUCUUCAUUUCUACAUUAUUUUUUUAAUCAUUAAAUAUUUUUAAUAUAUCAGUAAAUGCUGUCCUGGUUUGUGAUUGGAGUAAAAGUGUAGUUGCAAGACUGUGAAGGCACAGUAGAUGGCAGCCAUGUGGCCCAUGUGCAAACAGACGUGUCAGACAGGCUGAUUGUCUUUAAUAAAAAUGAGUUGUUUAAG